GCGUCCUGCAGUGGGAGAAACAGGAAGGUUCUGCUGCUUCAUCUGGACCCUGUGGAGAGGUCGGUUUGAUCGCAUGCAUUUAGAAACUGAUCCGUUUUCCGACAGCUCAUUCUGUGACGCCCUCCCUGGCUUAUAAAUAACAAACGCUCUCACCUCCCCUCAGAGCAGCAGGGGGGGCGGGGGAGUCCGGGCUGACACCAGCUCUCCAUGGAGCUCAGUGGGACCUCUUCAGGCUUCUGCUAGUCAUCCUGCGAAAGCAGCCGAUCGCUUCCAGUGAGCUGUUAGAACCAGAGCUUCAUUAAAGGGUCUGACCCGGAGACGAAGGGCGAGGAAGAGGAGGCGAGGGCCAUGGGUGACCCUGAGGCCACGGUGAGCCAGGCGCUGGUGGAGUUCAGGGCCACGCUGGAAGCCGCGGUGCGGGAGGUCCACGUUGACGUGAGCGCCUUCAAGCAGCGCAUGGAGCAGCGCGUGGACGAGCUGCGGCUGUCCCAGCGGCCCCUGAGCAAGGCAGUGACCCGGCUGCAGGAGGAGAACCAGCAGCUGAGGGCCAAGCUGGCCGCCCUGGGCCACCUGGUGGAGGGCCUGGUGGGCGCGAGGAGGAGGAACGAGGAGGACGGCCACCAGGAGACGGGGCUUCCUAACUGUGCUCCUGCCCCCGGAGACGCCUCCGGGUCGGCUGCCGCUCCGUGGAGACUGAAGAGACACGCAGAGACUAACGGCACCAGCGCAAAAGACGGAAAAAAUAACUCUGAGGAAGCGCCGGCCGCCCCGGAGAGCCCCAAACAAGAAGGAAUCUCAGCGGAAAGCUGUGAUGAAUCCACCCCCCACUCCCACUGGACUCUGUCCUCCGCCACGGAGACCCUCAGCUCCCCUGACCAGGAAGAAUCCGCUCCGUUGACCAAACCCCACCUUCCUCUCUCUGCCGUGACAAAAUCCAGCGCAGACGGCGGUGGAGGCGCGUCGCCGCCGGCGUCUGUGUCCAGAAGCAGCCGGGCGGCGGUGGAGGCGUCUGUGGAAGGCGCUGCUGACGAGCCACAGCCCCAUCUGCCCGUCACCGCCAUGACCACCAAGCCCGGCCUGGAGGGCGUCAUGGCUGCCAGGCCCGCCUUUUCCCCGGCGUCGGGCCGGAAGGCCGACCAGCCGCUCACCGGAGCAGCGCCUGGAGCCAAGGAGCCCGGCUCCCAGGACGGGUCUGACUCCCGGCCUUCGUCCCACCUCCCCGUCGCCGCUGCCACCAGAACCGGCUCGGAUGUCCCCGCGGCGUCCAGACCCGACCCGACUCCGGCUCCCCGCCCGAAUCCUCCGGUGCCAGAAUCAGCGGCGGCGAAGCAGAGCGAGCCUCCGGUCCGACGCGACCCGACUGAACCCAAAUCCCACCUGCCUCUGCCGGCCGUGACCAAGCCGAACGCAGAACCGGCCGGUUCCGCUCAGUCCCAGUCUCUGUCGGCGUCUCUGGACCUGACGGUGAAACCGGGCGACUAUCCCUUUAAGCGAGCGCCGGUUCUGAAGACACCCAGUCCCAGUUUGAAGAGGAGCGUGAGUUUUCCUCAACCCGCAGAAAAGCUGCUCCCCUCCAAAUCCUUCAUAAAAUCCGGACUCUCACCCAAACUGGACAGCAGACCCGGCAGGCCUGGCGGCGCCGACUUUAAGCCAGAAGCCAUGAAGUCCCAGACGCUGCCGCGCUCCAACGGCGCCCAGGCCAAGCGGGCGCUCUUCGAGAGGAUGAACUCAGAACCCAUGAAGCCGAAGGAAGCGAAGCCCAAACUGAAGCGCUCCCAGAGCUUCGGCGUGUCCAGCGCCAGCGGCAUCAAGCAGAUCCUUCUGGAGUGGUGUCGCUCCAAAACCAUCGGCUACAAGAACAUCGACAUCCAGAACUUCUCGUCCAGCUGGAGCGACGGCAUGGCCUUCUGCGCGCUGGUCCACUCCUUCUUCCCGCUGGAGUUCGAUUACAACGCUCUGAGCGCGGCGAGCCGCAGACAGAACCUGGAGCUGGCCUUCACCACCGCCGAGCAGCAGGCCGACUGUCUGCGGCUGAUCGAGGUGGACGACAUGCUGGACAUGGGGGACAAACCGGACCCCAUGUGUGUCUUCACUUACGUCCAGUCGCUCUACAACCACCUGAAGAAGUUUGAGUAGCUCCGCGUCAGAGGCGUCCACACGCAGGUUUCCCACUGAGUGAGUGUUUUUACGCGUGUAGAAGAUAGACGAGAGGCCCCCAGGAGCCAGACCGCACCAAGAUGGAGUCCCUUCGCCGUUAGCUGCUGCUGCGGGACGCCGGCCGCAGCCACGCCUGCUUCAGCUGUUCAGAGAGGAAGCGCCGGCCGUCGUCUCCUGAUGCGGAUCACCAGGAGGUGUGGAGCAGAUCUGAUGGAGUGAAAAUGUUUAAUUAACGGAGGAGGAAGUGGGCGGGGCUGCUGAUUAAUGAUGUAAUCAGUCCUGAUUGGAUGCCUUUCACCAAUUAACUGGUUACUACCUGCUCAGGAGGAUGAGUUUUACUGUUUCACAGGCGGGGAAAUAAAAUAAAGAGUUUAUUCCCUUUUCUGUUAUCCAAACGUUUUCCUUCCGUAUAACUUUCCUACUUUGGGUGUUUUUCAUCUUUCUUAUAUCCUUCCUUCCUUCCUUGUCUCCUUUCAUAGCUCCUAUCUUGUUCUCUAUUCCUUCCUAUUUACCUCCUUUAUUUGUUCUUCCUCAUGUCCUGAAUCGUUCCCUUCUUUCCUUCUGUCUUCUCUCCAUUCCUUUGUUUUAUUCCUUGUCUCCCCCAUUACUUCCUUCAUUUCCUCUUUUUGUUCUUCCUUAUAUCCUCUCUUAGUUCCUACCUCAUGUUCUCAAUCCCUUCCUUCUUUUUCCUCUUCUCUCUUCUCCUCUAUUGUUCCUUUCUUUGUCCUUCCUCUGUGUCCUUGCUUCCUCGGAUCUUCCCUUCAGCUCUUUCCAGCAUCCACACAUAAACCCUGCCUGCUGUAGAGAGAAAAGCCAAAAGUUCACACUGAAGUUUAUUAUUUUAUAUUUUGAAAUGAAGGCGAAGGACUGGGAACUCUGGAAAAGUCUGGAACUUUUACAUGGAAAUGUGUAGAAACCCUGAGUCACGUUAGAUUUUAAUCACAUUAAGGUCCAUGUUAUUUGCAAUGAACACAUAUAAAAUUAAAAAUCAUGAAAUCAAA